CGGUAAACUUAACAGAAACGGUAACUCCCGGUGUUUUAUGUUUAAAUUAAAGGCUGUGUGGGAGAGGUGAAUGAUUUAUUUUUCUUCAGUCGAAGAGGAAACAAGGUUGAGGUCCUGCAGUUUGUCAGAGAUCAGCUGUUCUUCUCUGGUCUCAGCUCUGAAGUCCAACCCCUCCCAUCUGAGAGAACUGGACCUGAGCAGAAACGACCUGAAGGAUUCAGGAGUGGAGGAUCUGUUAGAUCUUGUGGAGGACCCAGACUACAGACUGGAGACUGUGAGGUCAGUAUCUGGAGUCAGUCCAUGCUGCUUCCAUCAGUAUUGUCCUAAACACAGUUAGUAUCAGAGCAGAGAUCCAGUGUUUCCUGUAAAGCUGGGACCUUCUCAGUGGCUGCUUUCCUCAGUGAAGCUGUGAGAGGAGAAUGGUGACAGGCUUCAGGAUUGGACAGAAAGACAGAGAGACAGAGAACAGUCAGCCAAUCAGAUCAGCCAGAAGCUGGUUGUGAUGAUGUGUUUGAGUUGAUGUGAAGACGACUGUUGUUGUUGUGUUGAUGUGUUGAGGAAAUAAAGCUGGAUUCCAGCUGACAGCCUCACAGCAUGUAUAGAGACAGUGGUCCUCAUUCAUCAAACUGUGGAAGCAGCAGAUCUGAUCUGACACUGUUUGUUGUCUCAUUUCAACACUGAACAACUGAGGAGUUUGAUGUUUGUCACAGCUCUGAGAUCAGUGUGACUGAAGCCUCUUAUUUCAGAGAAGCAUCAUUACAUGUUGGAACCAUGUGGUGUUUGUACAGAGCAGAAGCUCUGCUCAAGUCCAGUCAUCACAUCUGUAUAUCUGUCCAUCUGUCAGACAGCUUCACUGACAGCUGAUGAAGAGUCUGUAAACACUGAUCCACCUCCUCUCUGCUCUGACUCUCUCUCUGCAGGUGGAAGUGGACACAUUAAUGGAAGUGAGGAUGAGCUGUGUGCUGAUGAUCCAGAUGUUGAAACAGCAGCAUUUUGUGUGUAGACAGGCUGUGACUGGUCCAUGUUACUGGGAGGUAACAAGUCUGAACUGAUCUGAGAACAGCUCCACUGUCAGACACAGAGUCCAGUCCACCAUCAUCCCUGUGUGUUCCUCUGGAUCUGACAGAGCAGCAGCAGAGUAUCUGGACUCUGCUGCUGCUCUGUCCUUCUACACAGUCUCUGCAGACACACUCACACUCCUCCUCCUCCUCCUCCUCCUCCUCCUCCUCCUCCUCCUCCUCCUCCUUCUCCUCCUCCUCCUCCUCCUCUUCCAAAUAUUUUCAGGUCAUUUGUUUCAAAUCUGAAUCUCUGUAACACGCUGAAAGAUGUAAUAUAAGAUUUAAUUUAGUUCUUAUAAUGGAACAUACUGUCGUCUGUCUAAUUCAGCAUCAUGCACAUGUGUUUAGUUUAUUAUCAUUCAUUCAUUGAUCUGCUGAUAAAUGAUCAGGUCUGUAGUUUCUCUCUCAUCAGUAACAGCAUCAUUCAGUUUCAUAUAUCAUCUUGUUUGAUGUUGUAACUGAUCAUGGUUAAAGGUGAAGAUGAGAUUUGUCCUCAGGAUUUUCACCUUAAAUCAUUUAGAGUCUGAUGAGAAAAUGAUUUCUUGUUCUGAGACAGAGGAGGAGGAGUGAGUCCUGAUUGGCAGAGAGCUCUGUGACCACGCCUCCAACUGUGACAUCACUCCUCAGAUAAAACUGGUUUUUACCACAGAACUUUCCUCAUGAAGCUUCCAGUCUUAAUAGAAUCUCUGUAUCUAUAAUCUCUGUGUCUUUACUUUAGUUAUAAAUCAGAAUAAGUCCCAUUUUAACAAGGUGUUUUAUUACCUGUCUGCCUCCAUGCAGCAGGUGAGCUCUGCUGAACACUGACUGAUUGACUUUAAACACACCAGAGCUGAGCUGAGUAACUAGAGUAACUAAGUAAUGUAACAGAUUACUGCUGUAUUAACUUUAAUGAGUUUUAUUGGUUUGUUGUGUUUGUUCUUUUUUUCUGUAAUUUGACCAAGUUUUUUGUUUUGUUUUAUCAGUCUUCGUUGUGUUGCUCAUUUUAUUUUAUGUUUAAUUUUAUUUUACUCUCGGUAAUAAAAUAAUUCUAAUUA